CGCAAGUUUGAAGUUGAAACGAUCGGCUGAAGCCCAAAUGUUCUUAGCUUUGCUUAAACUUUAAAUUGAAUCUCCUGUAGUUACUUUUUAAAACGCAUAGUCUGUUAUCCGCUGAAAAUGUCAUCAGACUAGCAUAUUUAGAACAAACUUGUCCGAUCAUCAGAAAGAAGAACACGGAAAUGUUUGUAACUGCGUCACUCUGCUCCACUUUGCUGUUUUUUGGCAUCUUCGUGUUUGUCUCCGCAGACCAGAAAACCAUCAGAGCUGAGUCUGGGCAGGACGUCAAUCUGACAUGUCGAGCUCCAAACAACAGUAUCAUCAUCGUUUUAGAGUGGAGCAGAGAUGACCUGGGAGAUAAAUAUGUGCUUUUUUAUCGGAAUGAGCAGUUGGAUCCAGACAACCAGCAUCCAUCUUUUAAGAACCGGGUGGAUCUGCAGGACAGUCAGAUGAAGGAUGGAGACGUGUCUUUGAUUCUCAAGAAUGUGACGAUAAAUGAUGCUGGAACAUACGAGUGUCGUGUUGAGACAGUGACAAAACGCAGGAAGAGAGCCAGUUUAGAUACUAAUCCCAUCAGCAUCAUCAGUCUAAGUGUCGUACCUCCAGGUCAGACAGGAGGAGACACAGAGGAUGGAGGGAAGGAGGAUGGAGGGAAGGAAGAUGGAGGGAAGGAGGAUGGAUCUGUUGGAAUGAUCGUUGGCCUGACAGUACCUGCUCUGCUUCUUUUUACUGGUGUUGUUGGUUUUUUGAUCUACAGAAAACAUAAACAGCAGAGUCAGGAUCCAUACUAGCUGCCUGAGUAAUUGCAACAUAUUUGAAAUGUCUUUAGUGUUUUUGAUGAUGAUGAUGUUUGGUAAGAGAAGCAUCACUACGAUAAAAUGCAGAAUGGAGUUCAACUGCCCAAUAUGCAAAUUAAAAAAAGAAAUACAAGCAGGUUGAGAACCAGGAGCUGCUGAUCUGUCAGCCCGAGACUGGCAGAGAUUUAUUAAAACAGACAUAUUCUUUAAUAUCACUGAGACUGAACUUCUAGCUUUUUGUUAAUUCUAUAUAUAUAU